GUACAAAUCUCUUACAAUGCUGGCACUAUUCAAAUGCACACCUUUCUCUCUAACAGGUCAUACUCCAGUACCUCUGCUGAAGAUGCUAUUAAGAAAGCAGAAGUACCUCCCACUCCGCCACCAAGACUUCCAAAGACUCACUCCAGAGCAUCUUCUCUAGACCUCAAUAAACUUUUCCAGCAAGGUAACCAAGCAGUGAAGUCUGGUUUGUCACAGCCACCUCCUGCAGUCCCACCACGACCUCCAACAGUCAAGAUUGCUCCCUUCCCUAACAAAGCCGAGACCAGUAAUGUUAUUGCUGAACAGCUGGAGAAAGUUCAACAGCCAAAUUUUGCAGAUUUCAGCAAGUUUAGUGAGCAGGCCAACAAAGAAUCAUUAACCGAUCUAUCCUCUCGAGUGACGAGACCAAGUAAUCUUGGAGAAGAAAAUAGCUCUCCAAUUAAGGAUGUGAAAUCUCGCCAGCCUCCAAUAAAACCUCUUCGUAGAAAACACCGGCCUGAAAGCCAGGGGGACAGUCAGGAACAGUUGCCUCGACUGAAUUCGACUUCCGCACCAGAUGCAAAACCGCACCAACCAUUGCAAAGAAUGCCUUCCAAGCAUAAAAAAGCCAUUCAGACAGCUGUUCGCAAAAACAAGGAGGCUAAUAUGAUUCUGGUCAGGUUGAAUGGUGAACUACAGCAGCAAUUCAAAGAAGUUCGCAAAGAACGGAUUGCACUAGAGACUCAAUUGGAGCAGCUUCGACCAGUCUCGCAGACGUGACUGCUUCACUUUU